CUUAAAAGCCACCCCUUCGGCGUCGGCCUCACUCCACGCGCAGGUUUUCCCUAAUUUCCCACGCCUCGACUUCCCUGCCGGCGCCGCCGACCGCUACUUCCGCUCCUGUCCCUCCGCCCGAUUUCUUUCGUUAUCAGCUACUACAAUUAUGGUUAUUCCUCCUCCAGUUAGGCCACCAAGGAUCAUCAUGUACCUUAAGCCAUAUGUGCUCAGGAUGCAUUUCUCUAACAAAUAUGUCAGCACCCAGGUCGUCCACACCCCUACGGCUACUGUUGCUGCCUCAGCAAGCUCAAAGGAAAAGUUGCUGAGGCCAGUCAUGGAGUCCACACGAGAUGUUGCAGCAGCUAGCAAGAUUGGGAAGAUUCUUGGCGAGCGUCUGCUACUUAAGGGUAUCCCUGCUGUUUCUGUGUUCUUGAAGAGGGAACAGAAAUACCAUGGAAAGGUCAAGGCUAUCAUAGAUUCCGUCCGAGAUGCUGGUGUGAAGCUGCUUUGAUGUCUAUUCCUGAGUAUAUCCCAGGAGCAUUUCUGCUUUAUGAUGCUACUUUCCAUCGAGGCAUUGCACUGGAACAGUCUGCCAUGAGAUUUGUCAUUAAUUGCAAUUGCUCUUCUGAAGAUGGGGAUGAAAAUGAACUAGAGCGAUUUUAUGAACAUGAGUAGUUCAUUAGCUCACUUGGAAAUGAUUCUCUUUAGAGCUGGACUGCUAAGAACAAUGUGUUCUUUAACUAGUUCCUGAGUUGCAUAUCAAUAAUCCGCAGAUGUCACUUUUUUGGAUCCAGUUGUUGGUGACAGGUAUCAGAUGUCACUGUAAAAUAACAAAGUAUUUAAAAGUUAUCCUGUCAUUUGGUUUUUGAUA